AUGAACACUAGUGUUCGAGCUGCUCUUUCCUCCAUGAAAGCUCCUUCAAAGCAUGACACCAAUCAAGAGGAUAAGAAGAAGAAGAUGGAGUCGUCUCAAGGCAAUGGAGCUGUAACUAGUUCAGGGAAAUCUUUUGUUAAUCGGCGCAGAGCUAACAGGGAAAAGAAAAUGGACUUGCUUCAAGAUGUUGAUAAGCUAAAGAAGAAGCUGAGACAUGAGGAGAAUGUACAUAGAGCAUUGGAGAGAGCUUUCACUAGACCUCUAGGAGCUUUACCUCGUCUUCCCUCUUAUCUCCCUCGACAUACACUGGAGCUUCUUGCUGAAGUAGCUGUGCUUGAAGAGGAAGUGGUUCGUUUAGAGGAACAAGUUGUAAGCUAUAGACAAGGGUUAUACCAAGAAGCCGUUUACAUUUCUUCUAAGAAGAAUCUAGAGAGUCCUAAUAGUAACAGCAACGGUUUGAAGGAGAAUUCUCCUGUUAGAAGCAGUAAACACCAUCGAUCUAAAUCCAUGUCGCAACACGAGUUCAAUUCUAUGAUCACUCCUCCUAAAAAGCACCAACAGUCUCUUAGUUUUAGCAGAAGCAUCUCAACUAGGAAACUCUUCACUACUGAUCAGACAGCCAAUGACAGAACUGGUCAGAGAGUGGUAAAUGGCAAACAAGCAUCGCCUAAAACGAGUCUGAGCAGUGUUACUAAGCCAGUAGAUGUAAGAGGGAAAGAGAAUCAGACCUCAAGCACUGCUUUAAAAGACAAGAAGGAUAAAGAAUCACCUGAGAAGAGGCUUGGCAGGUUCUUGACAUCUGUGAAGAAGAAGAAACCUUUGAUUAAGCCAGAGGUUGCUGCUGUUCAGCUAGAUGAUAGAUUAGAAGAUCAAGACAAAGCGCAGGAGAGUGUCUCAGGAUCAUCUUCUGAAGACAAGUCGCUGCAGAAUGCAGCAAACAGAGUUUCAGAAGAUUUACUGAAGUGCCUUGUGAGUAUUAUCUUGAGGAUUAGCUCGUCGAAGGAGAUUGUGUUGGAUCCGUAUAGUAACUAUUCAGAGUGGAGAACAAGAGAGCUUGGUGCAUAUAAGAAUCUUUGCUCGGUUGAUGCAUCUUCAAUUGAUCUUGGAAGAAGAACCAAUGCUUCAUUUCUGAUCCAUCGUCUCAAGUUCUUGCUUAAUAAGCUUUCCGUUGUAAAUCUAGACGGUCUUAGCCACCAGCAGAAGCUUGCAUUCUGGAUAAAUACUUAUAACUCCUGUUUGAUGAAUGCAUUCUUGGAGCAUGGGAUCCCUGGGACAGCUGAGAUGGUUGUAGCCCUGAUGCAAAAGGUUUGUACUCAAACCAAAAGAUUAAUACGAUUCUGCUUCAUUGUAUUCAUCUUCUGGUUGUUGUGUCAGGCAACCAUAAUUGUAGGAGGACACUCACUAAAUGCUAUCACAAUUGAACACUUCAUCUUGAGACUUCCAUACCACUUGAAGUUUACUUGUCCCAAAACUGCAACACAUGAAGAGAUGAGAGCUCAUAGCACAUUUGGUUUGGAAUGGUCAGAGCCUUUGGUUACUUUCGCUCUCGCCUGUGGAAGCUGGUCCUCUCCUGCUGUAAGGGUAUACACAGCAGCUAAUGUAGAGGAAGAGCUAGAAGCAGCAAAGAGAGAUUAUCUUCAAGCAUCAGUUGGGAUAUCAAAGAAGAACAAACUAAUGCUUCCAAAGGUAUUAGAUUGGUAUCUCCUAGACUUCGCAAAGGAUUUGGAAUCGUUGCUGGAUUGGGUUUGCCUUCAGUUGCCUGAUAAACUGAGAGAAGAAGCUCUAAAGUGUAUGGAGAGAAAGAACAAAGAAUCACUUGUGGAGUUGGUUCAAGUAGUACCAUAUGACUUUAGUUUCAGGUUGUUGUUACUGCAUCAAUAA